AUGAGGGUGGUUUCUAGCCUCUUUCUUCCUGUCCUCCUGGCAGAGGUGUGGCUGGUGACCAGUUUCAAUCUCAGCUCCCCUUCAUCAGAGGCUCCCAUUCACCUGGAGUCUCAGGAUCAAACUUAUGAGAAUCGAACUUGGGAAGAGUACACAUGGACUGACCCCAGCGAUGAUGAAAAUGAGGAAUUCUGGCUGAGGACCAGCCAGCAGCUCUCCAAUGAGACUUCAAGCUUUGGGUUCAGCCUGCUUCGAAAGAUCUCCAUGAGGCACGAUGGCAAUGUGAUCUUCUCACCAUUUGGCCUGUCUGUGGCCAUGGUGAACUUGAUGAUGGGGGCUGAGGGAGAGACCAAAGUCCAGCUGGAAAUGGGACUCAACCUACAGGCCCUGAGCCAGGCAGGACCCCUGACCCUUCCAGCCCUCUUCAAGAGGGUCAAAGAGACCUUUUCCAGAAACCAGGAACUGGGCCUCACCCAGGGUAGCGUUGCCUUCAUCCACAAGGACUUUGAUAUUAAAGAGACCUAUUUCAAUCUAUCCGAGAAGUAUUUUGCUACAGAGUACGUGCCUACAAAUUUUCUAAAUUCCUCACAAGCCAGAGGGCUCAUGAACCACUACAUUAUCAAAGAGACUGAGGGGAAAAUCCCCAAGCUUUUUGAUGAGAUUGAUCCUGAAACCAAGUUAAUUCUGGUGGACUACAUCUUGUUCAAAGGGAAGUGGCUGACUCCAUUUGACCCCAUCUUCACUGAGGCUGACACUUUCCACCUGGACAAAUACAAGGCAGUUAAGGUGCCCAUGAUGUACCGGGAAGGGGACUUUGCCUCCACCUUUGAUAAGAAGUUCCGCUGUCACGUCCUCAAACUGCCCUACCAAGGAAACGCCACCAUGCUAGUGGUCCUCAUGGAGAAAACAGGUGACCACUUGGCCCUGGAGGACUACUUGACCAUAGAUCUCGUGGAGACAUGGCUCCAGAAUAUGAAAAUCAGGAAAAUGGAGGUCUUCUUUCCCAAGUUCAAGCUGAACCAGAGGUAUCAGAUGCACGAGCUGCUCAAGCAGAUGGGAAUCAGGAGGGUCUUCUCCACCUCUGCUGACCUCAGCAAACUCUCAGCCACCGCAAGAGAUCUUCAGGUGUCCAAGGUCUUACAGCAGUCGGUGCUUGAGGUGGAUGAAAGGGGAACUGAAGCCGUGUCAGGGACACUGUCAGAGAUUGUCGCUUACUCCAUGCCUCCUGUCAUCAAAGUGGACCGGCCUUUUCACUUCAUCAUCUAUGAGGAGAUGUCCAGGAUGCUUCUAUUUCUGGGCAGGGUGGUGAACCCCACAGUCCUGUGA